CCCAGUACCCACAUCAGGUAGCUUACAACCACCUGCAACUCCAGCUCCAGGAGAUCUGGCACCUGUCCUCCGUGGGUGCCAGCACACACGUGUACAUGCCCCCCUCAUACACACACAUGAUUAAAAACAAAUCUUUUUAAAUUGUAGUAUUCUACACAUAUGCUAAUGUUUCAUGGUAUGUAUGUGAAGGGCAGCUUUAUAGAGUCUGGUCUCUCCACCUUCAAGUUGGCCUCUGGGGUCACACUCAGGUGUGUGUGGCAAGUGUCCACCUACUGAGCCUUCCUCACUGGCCCUAAAAUACGUUACAGUGAGGAUUUUUUUGUCCAUCACCAUUGAGUAAAUACCUCAGAUAACUAGCAAACUGGACAGAAAUACAUGAAAGGACUGUUUCAUAUACUAGACACCAGGCAGCGUGGGCCUAAUGUCUGACAGAGUGAGUCCUGAGGUCACCAUUGGUUCUGCUAAAGCGUGACCCAUCUGUAGUGUGCCUGAGCUGAAGAAAGAGGUAGGGGUCAGUGAAGCUAAAGAGCUUGGUGUGUGUGAGGGCAGAUGCCAGAGAGGACGGAACCAUGCAGAAAAAGAGCCCCACAUAUCUACAUAGGGUCCCUUAAGUCAGGAGAACACAAAGCUGGGUGUACCUUCAGUUAAACUUGUAUGGCCAGUGUGUGGGUGGGUCCCAGAGCACCCCCGAGUUUGGUCAUAUGCUGGGAGAACUCACAGGACCUAACAUACAAUCACACUUAUGACUACGAUGUAAUCCAGUGGAAGGACACAAAGCCCCCCCCCCCAAAAAAAAUCAGCAAAGGGAAGAGGCAUGUGGAGUGAAGUCAGGAGCACAAGAUUCUAAGAAUCCCCUCCCGGUGACAUCAUACAGGAUGCAGAACACUUCAUUUCCUUAGCAACGAGUUGUGAUGAUGGGUAUGUAUGAAAUGUUGACUACUAGUGAAGCUUCUCCGAGCCUUGGUGCUCGAGUUUUUAUUAGGGCCAGUCCUGCUCUGUUAACUGGACUCUGCAUGCUGGGCAGAGAACUAGGAGAGACUCCAGGGGACAUUUGGCAAUAUCUGGAGACAUUCUGUAUUGUCACAACUGGGAGUUGCUGCUGCCAUGUGGGAUGGAAGCCAGGAAUGCUGUGGAACAGCUGCAUUCCACAGUCGCCCCAGGAAUGGUGUGGCCUCAGAUGUCAGUAGAGCCAACGUUGAGAAGCCCUCAUCCAGACUCUGACAGAAUUUAAGAACAAGUUGGAAAAGAUCAAGUUAAUUUGCAGAUAUAUGUUGGGCAGAGGAGGAAAACGGAAGUUUGAGGAGCAUGAAGAUGGGCUGGAAGGCAAAGUCGUGUCCUCCUCUGACGGUCCAUCCAGGGUGUCCUACACCUUACAGCGUCAGACUGUCUUCAACAUUUCCCUUAUGAAGCUCUAUAACCACAGGCCUCUGACGGAGCCCAGCUUGCAGAAGACUGUCUUAAUUAACAACAUGUUGAGGCGGAUCCAGGAGGAACUCAAGCAGGAAGGCAGCCUGAGGCCUGCGUUCACCCCCACUCCCCAGCCCAGCGACUCGCUGGGCGACAGCUACAGGGAGGCCCCACCUGCCUUCUCCCACCUGGCCGCGCCUCCUGCUCACCCCUGUGACCUAGGAAGCACUACACCCUUGGAGGCCUGCCUCACCCCCGCCUCCCUGCUAGAGGAUGACGAUGACGCUUUCUGCACCUCGCAGGCCGCACAGCCUGCGGCUCCCCCCAGACUCUCUUCUCCAGCCCUCCCUCCCGAAAAGGACAGCUUCUCCUCCGCCUUGGACGAGAUUGAGGAGCUCUGUCCCACAUCUACCUCCACAGAGGCUGCCCUGGCGUCAGUGGCGCCCGGCAGCCCAAAAGGAACCUCCGGUGAGUCCAGCAUCCAGAAACCUGAGGGGCCCCAGGAAGGCCGCACAGAUGACUCGAGAUUCAUGGACUCUCUGCCUGGGAACUUUGAAAUAACAACGUCCACAGGUUUCCUGACAGACUUGACCCUGGACGACAUCUUGUUUGCUGACAUUGACACAUCCAUGUACGAUUUUGACCCCUGCACCUCUGCUUCGGGGACAGCCUCAAAAAUGGCCCCCGUGUCGGCGGAUGACCUCUUCAAGACCCUGGCCCCCUACAGCAGUCAGCCUGUCGCCCCGAGUCAGCCUUUCAAAAUGGACCUCACAGAGCUGGACCACAUCAUGGAGGUGCUUGUCGGGUCCUAAGACGGCCUAAGCAGGCCGCAACCCCCCCCCACCCCACCCCCACCCCCACCCCCCGACAGUUUGUCCUCACUGUGCAUGGAACCUUGCUUGCCUUUUUCAGAGAAAAAGAAACUUUUACAAAAGGAUCACACUAGUAUUUCCUUUGAGCAGAGCUGGAGUGCCUUCAUUCGCGUAUGACCACUUUUAAUACACUCUCUGGGCGGGCUCCCCCUAGACCCGCUGCCCUGGCGCAGGAGAAGAGACGACAUUUGAAGACUGGGUUGCUCAUGUUGAAAGGUUCAAGUGGAGAGCUGUUCAGUCGAACAGUUCAAGCGAAGCACAAGGGUUAGGUUGGAAAAGCUGUAAAUUGCAUGUGCAUAUUUGUCUAUUUUUUCUAUAAGUUUUAUUGCAAGAGGUAAAAAGAGUAUAUAUCUAUAUUAUUUGGAUAAUCUCAGUACCUUCCUGGCGUUUUGCCCUGUGUAAGUUGACUUGGCAAUUCCGCCUUUUUAGAGGCAUUAACUACUCGUAAGUGUUGCAUUCACAUGGCUGUUUAGAAAACUGCUGCCCAAAUUUAUUUUAUAUUUUUGUACAGAUUCUGCAGUUUAUGAUAUUGUUUUUCUAAAAACAAAUGCUGUUUAUACAUAUGAGAUAGCUAUUUUGAUAGGAUUUGCUCACAUAGUUCCUGCAAACAUAAGCUGUACACGUUGCACUUGUACUUUUAUAAUGUUUUAUAUGUGUAUGGUGCAAGAGAAGAUUGACGUCCCCAAACGCAAACACACACCGCGCUUUAAUAAAGGGCCAGGUGAUCUGACACCCAAAUUUCACAAGCACCAGCCCUUGGCACGAUCACCCGCCAGUACUGUGACUUCCGCGGCCAGAGCCCUGUCUGCUCAUCACACUUGGCAGUAAGCAGAUGUCGGGAGAUGGCUAUGGGUCCUGGGCUUGCUACGACGGUCUCCUUAUCUCCUCUUCAGAGCAGAGGCUCUAGCAUCUUGUUUAUGUAAGAGCGUACUUGUGGCCAGGUGUGGUGGUGCACCCCUUUAAUUCCAGCACUUGGAAGGCAGGGACAGGUGGAUUUCUGUGAGUUCGAGUCCUGCCAGAGCUAUACAGUGAGAGCCCUGUCUCAAGGGUGGGGAAGUAAGAAAAAGACUGUAUUUAUGCCAGGUUUGCUCUUUUAACCGUUUUUGUUUUAAUUUUGUAAAAUGCAGACCCCGGUCUUACCCCUUGGGCAUAGCUUUUAUGAUGAGACCACAAUUUUACAUAACAGUUUUACAAGCAGCCGACCUCUUCAUGGAGCUGAGCCCUACUUCAGUGCUUAGGGCUCAUAAAGAAGAAAUUCUCCCCAGAAGGCAUCCAUCAUGUUGCUGAACUGCCUUUCCCGGUGUCCUUUCCACACCCGGAGCUUUCGUUUCCUCUGUUACUAAGAGCUACAAAUGGCAUCUUCAUGAUCACCACCGUGAGCUCCUCCGCUCACCUCAGCCAGCCGGGAUGCACUCUCAACAUCUGUGACUGGAGCCGCGGUCUGUCGCCUCAUGUCACGGUGUCCAGUCUGGUUGCUUUCUUUCAUUCACAAAGCUCUUACACCCGAAUACAGGACGGGAAUGUCUCAGCGUGUUCUGGCCCCCCUCCCCCGGGGGUCUCCGGCCCCUGAAGCGGCUCUUCUUCCCAGUGCUGUCCCAAGUCGUCCUGGUGUGUUUCAGGUGUCACGUCCAUUGCUGAGGUCUGCCGCCGCCGCCGCCGCUGCCGUCCUUGUGGGCCAUGCUUCCUGUCGCGGCGUCAGCUGUUCAGUACAGCUUACAGCCUAGAUCGUUAUGCAGAUGGCUUCCUUAGGAGUAACUUUUAUAUUUAUUUAAAACGUUUUAAAUUAUGGGAUUUUGUUUUUGUUUUUGUUGUCGGUCAUUUGUCAAUAUUCAGUCACCAGUUCUGCUCGCUUCUUGCCAUGGAUAAAAUUGGGUCUUUCUGGCCAAUUAAAAAGAUAAGUUUAUAAAUGGCACUUUAAACAAGCCAUAGAUAGUUUUAUUUUUUAUAAUGCACAUGGCAAGCAAAUGUGUUUGUGAUGAAGGAACUGCUCAUCCACAGAGAAGAUUUGUGUGUGGUGUGCUGGCUGUCCUUUCACAUCCUGGUUUACCUUUUCCCGUGUGCGUGUGUUUGAAAGGCUGCUGCCCAGCUGUGGAGCAGUGAGCAGCCCAUCCAGCUGUGCCUGUCCGCUGCAGGCAGCCUGCACAUGCACCUCUCACCCUGCACGUGUGUGUGUGUUUCCUUUGGUGUAGGAGCAGGGACCAGGAGAAGGCGAGGGUCAGUGAUGCUUCCAGCUCUCAUUGUGCUGGUCCAUUUUAGGAACUUUACUUCCUUGAAGAAAGCAGGUCUACCCAUCGUCUGUGUUUUAGAACUGGAGGACCCUGUGAACUGGCCACAUGCCACACACAUCUGCAUACGUGUGCAUAUACAGUAGUGUUGCUUCUUCCCAACAAAAAUGGCACAAAGCAGUUGAUUGCCAUUGUCAAAAACUGAUCUACAGUAACUUAGAACAACUGUACUUUUGUUGGAUUAGCAAAUCGUGUCUUUAAACGAUCCCAUAUGUUGGGCAACAGUUCAAAUAAGCACAGAGAAGCGUGGCCCAAACGUAGUUCUCUGACUCCAGUGCAUUCGUAAGGCCGGGCUUCCAAAUCAAAACAGCCACCCCACCAGCGGCAGGCACGUGCUUAGUCUCAGGACGUGCAUGGGAAACUAACGGCCCGUUUUCAGAAAGAGCAAGCCCAUCAAAAGUUCAGACUGACUUUGUGUCCUAUUUAUAUUAAGUGAUGUCCCAACAGGGAAGAAAGAGGCAGAGCCAGAGUGCAAUCUCCCAGUCCCAGUGUGAGUGUGGGACUCGCUUCCAGGUGCUCCCUGGCCGCCGUGGUGGCUUGCCUUCUCAAAGACAGUUGGUGGCCUCCAGAGCCAGGCAGGUAGCCUGGGGUGCCGGGGCCUGAGAGGCAGUUGUUGACAGUGAUGUGCAAUGAAGUGACAAGCUGAGAGCAGAAUCCUGAGAGAUUUAAAGUGGUGGUUUCCCCAUAAGUUAUUUAUUCCUUUUUUUUCCUUUGUAAAUAUAUUUAUUUUACUGUGGCGCUCUAACAACAUCUGGGUGGUAUGAUGCAGAAUGUAUGGUAGGAAUGUAUUUCUUGUAGGAAUGUAAAUCUGUAUUAAAAGGGGAGCCAAGCCAGCCCCACCCUGUCUCACCAUCACAUACACAGUCCACAUUCAUUUUCACUCUCAUCUCCAAUAUGGGUCUAUUUAAAAUAUGCAAAAGGUGUAGAUGAGGAGUGCUUUAAUACCUCUAAAUUUUUAAGAAAAUCAAGCAUAAAAGGGUUGACAAUUUUUUAAAGUUUUCUUAGUAGCACUUUCGCUUAUGACAGAAGGGGCAACACACAGGCACCUACCUUCAUACCAAAGGGUGAGAAACAGCCACAGCCUCCCAACCGCUCGGUGUCUUGAACAGUUGAGCUUUUUACCGCCAUGGCCCCUUGAAGUGCCCCAACCAUCCUGAGGUCAAUCAAGGAAAAUUUCUUAACGAAGUAAGCUCCAAAGAGCCAAAGUAUCAACUUACGGAUCAUUUUUAAAGCUUAAAUUUAUUAACCACCUUUGCGGUAAACAAUGAAUUAUGAAUACUGCAAGGGCAGCCUUCUUAAAUGACAGGCAUAAAAAGAGCCUGCGUGUGCAGCCACUGUUCACCUCUGUGUGAAUUGUCUUAAUUUUGAAACUUUGCUCUUACAAAUUGGACCUUUAUACGUUUCUGAAAGUCGCAGGAAGAAGAGAGCGUAUCUGACUUGUCCUAGCUGUAAAUGGUUAGUUCUCGUGCUGGCCCGCCCCUGGAUGCCAGCGGGCUGUGCAUCUGCCCGUGUGCCGUUGUCUCCAGUGCUUCCAAGAAUGAGUCUACAUGGUUCCUGAAAAUUAGCCAGGAUCAAAUGCUCUUGCAGACAAAGCCAAUACAAUUUUUGGACUUUUUUGGGGGAAUUUGGAAGGGAAAAGUAGUCCGUAUGUACAACUGAAGUAUGGAAAGUGUCCAUAGGGACAUGCUGGGUGCAUGGAUUCUGAGGAAGGCUUUUUCUCGAAAGGAGGUGUGACCCUUCCCCACAGACCUGAGCUGUGCCUUCUCUAUGCAAUAUUACAGAUGUCACAUCGGAACCCAGAGGGCUGUGUUCAAUGUAGGUUCAUUCAGGCUGUGUUCUAAACAAUUGGACAGAUUUAAAUGUACAUGGAAAUGAGCGGUCUUUUGUAGUUUUAUAUUAUACAAUAAACAGUUAAAGGAUGA